GGCGUUAUUACAAAUAUAUAGUUUUUAAGAGCUUGUUUAAUUAUUCAUUUCUGUAUUUAUUUAAUUAUCUUCCAGUGACAGCACGCACGGGCGCAUGCGCCAACAACACCUGGUGGCGCGUGACGCCCACGAGAGAAAAGCUUCUUUGUCGCGCGUUUGAGGAAAGGAGAUUAGAAAAGUAAUGUACUGUACUGUACUGUACGGUGCACGCCCACGAGAGGUGGCUGUCAUUACGUUGUUUGGUGGCAUCCGGUCAGACAAUACAUACUUACUUUUACCCACCUCUUUUACUCGGUCCUCGAUGUAAGGGGUCGCUGUUUUUUUAUUUUUAUUUUUAUUUUGACGAAGGCGAAAAAGAUGAGAGAAAAGUUAUGGACAAAGGAAGAGAAUUAACAAACUAACACUGUUCGUGCGGAGAGGAAGACAGGUUGCAGAAUUAGCCGGGCAGGACCGAGAGACAACAGGAUGGGGAUGGAUCUCAGAGCUCUUCGGACACUCAUCAACAGAUAUAAAAUAAUCAUUAACUUGGAAUUUUAUGGCUGCAACAUGUUCCAAAAAGCGGGGACAGUGCUCAUCAAAUACCUGUUUGGAACAUUCCACAGGUGAACAGGCUAAUUGGGAAGAGUGUGUGGGUGAGGAAAACUGGGUGGAUAGCAGAACAGUCUACAUUGGACACAAGGAGCCUCCUCCAGGAGCGGAAGCCUUCAUACAACAACGAUUCCCAGACAACCGGAUCGUAUCGUCCAAGUACACAUUUUGGAACUUCAUCCCCAAGAAUAUGUUUGAGCAGUUCAGGAGAGUUGCCAACUUCUACUUUCUCAUCAUAUUUCUGGUUCAGCUGAUCAUUGACACACCGACCAGUCCAGUCACCAGUGGACUCCCACUCUUCUUUGUCAUCACAGUUACAGCAAUAAAACAGGGUUACGAGGACUGGCUGAGACAUAAAGCGGACAAUGCCGUCAACCAAUGUCCCGUCCAUGUGGUGCAACGUGGCAAAAUGAUCCGCAAGCAGAGUCACAAGUUGCGGGUCGGGGAUAUUGUCUACGUGAAGGAAGAUGAAUCAUUCCCCUGCGAUCUCAUCCUGUUGUCCUCAUCCCGAGAUGAUGGGACCUGCUAUGUCACCACAGCCAGUCUGGAUGGUGAGAGCAGUCACAAGACAUACAAUGCACUACAGGACACCAAAGCUUACAACGUCGAGAACGAAGUGGAUUCAAUCCAUGCGACCAUAGAAUGUGAACAACCACAGCCAGACCUAUACAAGUUUGUUGGCCGCAUCAACAUUUACAUGAACAAUGAGCCUGUGGCAAGGCCAUUGGGAUCAGAGAACUUGCUUCUCAGAGGAGCCACACUGAAAAACACGGAGUACAUUUAUGCAGUUGCCAUUUACACUGGGAUGGAAACAAAAAUGGCUCUCAACUACCAGUCCAAGUCCCAAAAACGCUCUGCAGUAGAAAAGUCAAUGAACGCCUACCUGGUGGUCUAUCUAUGCAUUCUAAUUAGUAAGGCCUUUAUCAACACUGUGCUGAAAUAUGCGUGGCAAGCUGACCCUAUCCGAGACGAACCCUGGUAUGAUCAGAGAACAGAGGCAGAGAGGCAGAGGCACAUUGUGAUCAGAGCCUUCACAGACUUCCUGGCCUUUAUGGUCCUAUUUAACUACAUUAUCCCUGUUUCCAUGUACGUCACUGUGGAGAUGCAGAAGUUUCUGGGCUCCUAUUUCAUUAUGUGGGAUGAUGAGAUGUUUGACCAUGAGCUUGGGGAGGGAGCAGUGGUCAACACAUCCGACCUGAAUGAAGAGCUGGGACAGGUGGAGUAUGUAUUUACUGAUAAGACGGGGACGCUGACAGAGAACAACAUGGAGUUCAUUGAGUGCUGCGUGGAUGGACAUGUUUAUGUAGCCCAAGCGAUCUGUAAUGGACAGGUGAUGCCUGGUGCAGAUAGUAUGGACAUGAUCGACACAUCACCAGGUCCUGAGGCCAGGGAGCGGGAAGAACUUUUUUUCCGCGCCCUGUGUUUGUGCCACACUGUCCAAGUGAAAGAAGAGGACACAGUGGACGGCAUAAAGCAGGGCAUUCACCAUGGCAAGUCCACUUCUUUCUACAUUUCUUCAUCACCAGACGAGGUGGCGCUUGUGGAGGGCAUGAAGAGGCUUGGCUUCACAUAUCUCAGACUCAAGGACAGUCACGUGGAGAUUUUGAAUAGAGAAGAGAAGAUUGAGAGGUUUGAACUCCUUGAAGUUCUGACCUUUGAUUCAGUCAGACGGAGGAUGAGCGUCAUUGUCAGGGCCAGCACUGGUGAGCUAUACCUUUUCUGCAAAGGAGCAGACUCUUCUAUCUUCCCAAGGGUCAUAUCAGGCAAGGUGGAUCAAGUCAGAGCUCGGGUGGAGCACAAUGCAGUGGAGGGUCUUAGGACUCUCUGUGUGGCCUAUCGGCCUCUCAGUCCAGUGCAAUUUCAGGAGGUGUGCCUCCUGUUAAGUGGAGCCAAGCUGGCACUACAAGACAGGGACAAACGACUGGCUGAGGCUUACGACAUUAUUGAGAAAGACCUUAUUCUGCUGGGAGCCACCGCUGUCGAAGACAGACUGCAAGAAAAAGCAGCAGACACCAUUGAAUCUCUGCACAAGGCUGGUAUGAAAGUAUGGGUGCUGACCGGUGACAAAAUGGAGACAGCAUCUGCCACUUGCUACGCCAGCAAACUUUUCCACCGCAACACGCAAAUCCUGGAGCUGACUACCAAGCGGACAGAGGAACAGAGCUUACACGAUGUCCUGUUUGAUCUGAGCAGAACGGUCCUCAGGCAACACGGUGGCAUGACCAGGGACGUAUCUCGGGCUUGUGACUGCAGUUUAUCUGGAGACUACAUGGACUUUGGGCUCAUCAUCGAUGGUGCCACCCUCUCAACGGUGAUGAAGCCAGGCCAGGAGGACUCCAACUCAGGGAACUACAAAGAAAUCUUUCUUGAAAUUUGCCGGAACUGCAGCGCCGUACUCUGCUGUCGAAUGGCACCUCUUCAGAAAGCGCAGGUUGUGAAGCUGAUCAAGGCAUCCAAGGAGCAUCCCAUCACACUUGCCGUUGGAGAUGGAGCCAAUGAUGUUAGCAUGAUCCUCGAAGCCCACGUUGGCAUAGGUAUCAUGGGUAAAGAGGGACGUCAGGCUGUGAGGAACAGUGACUAUGCCAUCCCAAAAUUCAAACACCUCAAGAAGAUUCUCCUCGUCCAUGGACACUAUUAUUACAUACGCAUAUCUGAACUUGUUCAGUACUUCUUUUACAAGAAUGUCUGUUUCAUCUUCCCGCAGUUCCUCUACCAGUUCUUCUGUGGUUUCUCACAACAGCCACUCUAUGAUACAGCUUACUUGACUCUGUACAACAUCAGCUUCACUUCGCUGCCCAUUCUGCUCUACAGUCUCAUCGAGCAGCAUAUAAACAUAGACAUCCUGAAGAAGGACCCUUCUUUGUACAGAGACAUUGCCAAGAACUCAUUACUGCAGUGGCCCACCUUCGUAUACUGGACUGCCUUAGGUGUAUAUGAUGCCAUUGUGAUGUUCUUUGGUGCUUACUUCCUGUUUGACAACACCACCUUUACCAGCAACGGACAGAUGUUUGGGAAUUGGACCUUUGGGACGCUGGUCUUUACAGUCCUGGUCUUCACAGUUACGUUCAAGUUGGCCCUUGAUACUCAUUACUGGACCUGGAUCAACCACUUUGUUAUAUGGGGCUCACUUAUCUUCUUUGUGGUGUUUUCCUUGCUGUGGGGCGGAAUCAUCUGGCCUUUUCUCAACUACCAGAGGAUGUACUAUGUAUUUAUGCAGAUGUUGUCUAGUGGGCCUGCGUGGCUCAGCAUAGUACUGCUGAUGACAGCCAGUCUGCUACCAGAUGUGCUUAAGAAGGUCAUUUGGAGGACACUGUGGCCCACUACAACAGAAUGUAUACAGCAGAUGCAUGCAGGACUCGGCUAUGUUCCUGCUUUUGAGGAUAAUGCUGAUAAACUCUACAAGGGUCAGCUUUCUGAGUUCACACCGCUGUCGUCUAUCCUCGCCACUCCCCAGGCUGGCAGCCGCUGUCGAGGUUCUGGCAACAACAGGCACACGCAUAACCCUACAUGGUCUACAAGGUCUGAACCUUUUAUCAAGAAAGCCAUGUUGACGUACUGGCAAAGGCCACAAGACUAUUGUACCUUUGCACCUCUGCUGGGAUUCACUGAUGUCAACUGCACCACAGGGCAGGGAGCAGGGCCCGAUCCCUUAGUAUAAUUUAUUAAGUCAUAAAACAACGGUUUUGUGAGCAGAAAUAAUUAAAUUCUCUUCACAUGGACCCGAAUCUUCAGUCGAGCUAAGCUUACCUAAUAUGCCGAUGUCACUGAACUGGAGCAACAGAAUAUGUUGCAAAAAGAACUCAACAGCAAGAGCUUGAAAGUGACCUUCAUGACUGUUCCCAACUCAGCAACUAAGCAUCACACAAAGCAUUGUGGGGUGGCUAUAAAGAGGACUACAUUUCAAGAAGGGCUCAGUGUCAUGGAAUCGCAGUGAAAGAUUAUCACCGGAAACAUGCGCUCUGGCCCUUUAUUUCUAAAGUGCAAUUAAUUGGAUUGUUAAUGUUUUGUUUUUCAUUUUGCAUGAUGAUGGUUAAUCAACCAUUGUCAUCUCUUUGCAGCCUGACAUUGCAAUGAUGAUGACCAUAAGAGCGCCUGUAGCAACUAUGAGCUAAUCAAACAUCUCCUUGUACUUGGUUCUUCUUUCUUACUGUCUGUGUGCUCUGUGUCUUCAUAGGCCUAGCUGGUCAUGCCUACGUCCAAAUACAUUGUCCCAGAACACUUCAUAGGACUCACUGCAACAGUGUAAGAAAGGCAUCUCGAAAGAGGGCUGAGGCCUACGUGUUAAUAGUUUUAGGUCUCUCCAAGUACCUAGACUCUAGCCCGUGUUUAGCAUAUAGACAACAUUAUAAUAUGUAGUGUGUUUUGCUUGUGUAUAGGCAACAUUAUUAUAGCAUGUUUUCUUUCAGCACUUUACCUGUAAUCCUUUACUUGUUGGCCGUUUUCAACUGAAUCUUUUCCUAGCAGUGGUAGUUGUGACUCUGUGUUUUAGCCGUCUCGUCUUCACGUUAUGUGGUAAAUACUGCAUUGCUCAUAAUUACUGUAGGUGUACUGUGACGACAUGACAUCGUAGAGGCUACUGCUGGUUAACUGUGGUUUGGACCGGUCUAUAUGGCUGAGAUGGUGACAUAUUAAUCACAGAAGGAUAUUUCAUACAGCUCAAAGUCAACCCUGAGUAGCAAAUAUCCCUAUUUAACUAAUUGCCACAAGCCAGUUUCAACUUCCUUCUCUCCUGUCUUAUUUCUUUCUCCUUCACAUUAUCCUCCAGUUGUUGUCCCUGUGGCAACAACGCUGCCGAUGUGGUCCAGCCCACGUGACCACCAGCUUCACUUUGUCUGAUCUUCAUCGUGACGUAUUGCUGCUGCACCAGUUCGUGAAUAGAAGUAGGGGAAGUGUUAAUCGCUACUCGUCUCUGAACCAAAGCCUUGUUGUUGCUUAUGAUCUUUGUAGCUGCUUACUGUUAGGUGCCUUGUGCUAUCUGAUAUUUCUGCGAUGCAGAGAUUGUGUGUGAGGGUGUGUCACUUAGCAGGUGAAUGUAAGCACAUCUCACCCCAAAAGGCACUGGAAACCAAUUUAAAAAAAAUGCACAAAAUGUUCAACCAUUUAUGUACUAUUUACUUGUUUGUAUUGCUUUUUUCAUGUUGUUUUGUAAGCUGCAAUUGUGGGAAUACUUAUUUAAAUGCUGUCAACCAAUGUUAGAAAUGUAUUUUUAAUUAAUGUUCAUGUA